GACGUACGCGGCUGUCCGCCGGCGGGUCGCAGCCAUGCCGCUGCACCCCAUCACCUCCACGCUGAUGUACCGGGGCAUGUGCGUCAUCCCGGACAUCCUCAACUACCGCGCCCCGGUCAACCUGCCCGAGGACGAGGUCGAAGAGAUCCGCGAGGCCUUCAAAGUGUUUGACCGUGACGGUAAUGGCUUCAUCUCCAAGCAGGAGCUGGGCAUGGCCAUGCGCUCCCUGGGCUACAUGCCUAAUGAGGUGGAGCUGGAGGUCAUCAUCCAGAGACUGGACAUGGACGGUGACGGGCAGGUGGACUUUGAGGAGUUUGUCACACUUCUGGGUCCCAAGCUGACGGCGGCCGGGAUACCAGACAAGUUCAACGGCACCGACUUUGACUCGGUUUUCUGGAAGUGUGACAUGCAGAAGCUGACAGUGGAGGAGCUGAAGCGUCUUCUCUACGACACCUUCUGUGACCACCUGACCAUGAAGGACAUCGAGAACAUCAUCAUGACGGAGGAGAACCACAUCCAGAACCCUGGGGAGUGCCAGGUGGAUAUAGACAGUUCCAGCCCGACGCAGCAGGUCAAGCAAACGUGCGUUCGCAAGAGUCUGAUCUGCGCCUUCGCCAUCGCCUUCAUCAUCAGCGUCAUGCUCAUCGCCGCCAAUCAGGUGCUGCGCAGCGGCAUGAAAUAGCGGACGUUUCCCCAGGUGUACAAAAGAGACACACGUCCUCCUCGUUACCCUCGUGCUCGUUAGCGGCGGCAGCUCUACAAGAGACGUGUUGUGACUCUCCCCUUUUCUCUCUGCCCAGCGCAACUUCCUAACGUGUGUGUGCGUGUGUGUGUGUGUGUGUGUGUGUGUGUGCGUGGGGAAUACUACAGGGGGCGCUGUUGCUGGUGGACCUUGAGAAGAAAGUGAGCGCCACAAGGGGGCGCCUCACACAAGCUCAUCUAUGCAUGACAUGCAUGAACUUCUUGUUUGUGAACCUUCUUAUCAACGUUGUGAUGAUCUCCACUGUCUUCUAAUACCAAACUGUGAGAGUGUGGGUGUGCGUGCGUGUGUGUGUGUGUGUGUGUGUGUGUGUGUGUGUGUGUGUGUGUGUGUGUGUGUGUGUGUGUGUGUGUGUGUGUGUGUGUGUGUGUGUGUGUGUGUGUGUGUGCGUGACGACUGUCUUUCUAUCUUUGUGACAACCCACCUUGAUGGUGGGGACAUUUGUCUCUUUGUGGGGACUUUUUGGCUGGUACCCACAAGGAACAUGCUAACCGUAUAGACUGUGUGUGUGUGUGUGUGUGUGUGUGUGUGUGUGUGUGUGUGUGUGUGUGUGUGUGUGUGUGUGUGUGUGUGUGUGUGUGUGUGUGUGUGUGUGUGUGUGUGUGUGUGUGUGUGUUGUAUUUCUCCCCUUCUUGAGACAUGAAGAAGGAAAAGUAUCUUCCAUAUGAGGAGGUGUGAACAAGUAUGGUCCCAAUAACAUUGCAUCCAAUAGAUGCAAUGUUAUUGGUCAACAUAUGAAAUAACAAGUGUGUGUAAGAAAUUCGAAGUGCCAAUAUUUGUAAAAAAAUAAAAAAAAUAA